AUGACACCAAACACCACAACGCCGGCCUACACAAUAGAAUACACCAACCCGCCCGACCCACCCCCUCGCCGCCGUACCCCCAUUCUCCCCCGCGACCCCAACAUCCCCCCUUCAGCCCGCUAUCGCAAAGCGCACGACAUCCACACUCCCCCUCUCCCCAUAACCUUCAAAUGGCGCUGCUGCCAGCCGUCCUGCAACGCCUCCGCCCUCCUCCCCGUCACCAACAGCACCACCACAACCACGCACUUCGUCACCAUACUGAGCCCGUACAAGACGCAGUAUAGCUGGGAGCCCGCGUUCAGGAACCACAGGUGCAUGCAGUGUGGACAUGCGGCGUGCGCGGAGUGCUGGUUUCUGAGCGUGGAGAGCGAGAAGUGUGCGUGGAGGGGGGCGGGUGAGAUGGUGGAGGAUGGGAGUAGGGGCUUGUGGGAGAGGAUUGGGGUGUGGGAUUCGCGGGAGGAGUGUGAGAGGCGGGGAGGGGCGUUGAGGGUGGAUAGGUUUUAG